UGUUUUGCAUGGAAAUCACAACUUAUUACACAUCAGCGAAGUCACACAGGUGAGAAGCCAUUUCCAUGUUCUGAGUGUGGGAAAUGUUUUACCCAGAAAUCACAACUUAUUACACAUCAGCGAAGUCACACAGGUGAAAGGCCAUUUCCAUGUCCUGAGUGUGGGAAAUGUUUUGCACAGAAAUCAGAUCUUGUUAGUCAUAACAGAAGUCACACAGGUGAGAAUCCAAUUUCUUGCUCUGAGUGUGGGAAAUGUUUUACACGGAAAUCACAACUUGUUACACAUCAGCGAAGUCACACAGGUGAAAGGCCAUUUCCAUGUCCUGAGUGCGGGAAAUGUUUUGCACAGAAAUCAGAUCUUGUUAGUCAUAACAGAAGUCACACAGGUGAGAAUCCAAUUUCUUGCUCUGAGUGUGGGAAAUGUUUUACACGGAAAUCACAACUUGUUAUACAUCACAGAAGUCACACAGGUGAGAAGCCAUUUUCUUGCUCUGAGUGUGGGAAAUGUUUUGCCCGGAAAUCACAACUUGUUAUACAUCGCAGAAGUCACACAGGUGCGAAGCCAUUUUCUUGCUCCGAGUGUGGGAAAUGUUUUACAAUGAAAUCACAUCUUGUUAGACAUCAGCAAAGUCACACAGGUGAGAAGCCAUUUCCAUGUUUUGAGUGUGGGAAAGGUUUUGCACGCAAAUCAGCUCUUUUUAUACAUCACAGAAGUCACACAGGUGAGAAGCCAUUUCCAUGUUCUGAGUGUGGGAAAGGUUUUGCACACAAAUCAGUUCUUGUUACACAUCACAGAAGUCACACAGGUGAGAAGCCAUUUUCAUGUUCUGAGUGUGGGAAAUGUUUUACACAGAAAUCACAACUUGUUACACACCAGAGAAGUCACACAGGUGAGAAGCCAUUUCCAUGUUCUAAGUGUGGGAAAUGUUUUGCACAGAAAUCACAACUUGUUACACACCAGAGAAGUCACACAGGUGAGAAGCCAUUUCCAUGUUCUAAGUGUGGGAAAUGUUUUGCACAGAAAUCACAACUUGUUACACACCAGAGAAGUCACACAUGUGAGAAGCCAUGUUAA